GCUCCUGUUGUCAAAACUGUCGUGUUUGUUUACGAAAAAGGCGAGACACUUGCUGUGAUAAAAUAUCACUUCCCUUCCUUCCAUUUGUCACGUCAUGAAAUUAAUAUAUCCAUUCUUGCAACGAUAAAGACCUGUCCUGAUAGUAUGGCACAGACAGCUCUCACCAAAGAAGAAAUUUUUAAAUGGACCCCUUUACGAUUUGCUGAAGAGACAAGUGCUUGGGAUUGGAUUGAGAAGCAGUUGGAAAAUGGAAUUUCUCUAAGAGAACUGGAAGUGACCAGAGAUAAGCUGAAGAAUAGAGAAGCAGCAGUUGGGAUUCUAACCACAAUUUGCAAGGCAGGUUAUUCAUGCCUUUUGAGAUAUGCUCUCAGUGAAGUGCCAUCUCUGGCCAACAUUUGCCUCGAACUGGAUCAGACUAGACCACUGCAUAUGGCAAUAAGACACCAUCGUCAUAGUAUUGUGCGGUGUCUUAUUAAUACUAAUGCGGAUAUAAAUAUUUGUGAUCUCUCACAGAGAACACCGCUACAUGAAGCUGUAAAAAGCAAUUGUACACAAGCAGUGAGGAUGCUACUGAAUUCUGGAGCUGACAAGGAAAUGAAAGAUAUGGGAGGAAAGACAGCAAUACAAAGAGCAGCUGAGCUUAAACAUACUGCUGUAGUCAAGUUACUUUGUGAUGCUGGGGCUGACAUAAAUGUCAGUCAAAUUUUGGAAGAGAGGCCUUUAUACAUAGCAGCACAAAUGGGAGAUGCAGAGACACUUCGCCUUCUUUUGGUUUCUGGAGCUAGCGUGUAUGAUGACAGAAAUCAGUCUGCAUUGCAUUUUGCAGCGGUAACUGGCUGUUAUAUUGCAGCACAGACAUUAAUAGAAGCAGGUAUUGAUGUCGAUAUCAGAGAUGCAGAUCAGAUGACACCACUGCAUCGUGCUGCUGAGCAUGGCAACAGUGAUAUUUGUUCAUACUUGCUAGACACUGGAGCCAAUAGAGAAAUUACAGAUAAACAUGGGAAAACCCCAUUGCAGUAUGCAGCUCAGAAGGGACAGACUGCUGUGGUGCAACUUUUGUGUAAACAAUCUGUAGAUUUCAGUGUUAGUGAGCAGUCAAGGAAGAUACUGUUCCUUGCAGCAGAGAGUGGCAAUCAGGAAACAGUGCAGUUACUGCUACAUCAAUUUUCUGAUACCUUUGAUGAACAUAAAUUUCAUGUUCUACUUGCAGCAGCAUGCAGGGGCAGCGAUGUUGCAGUUCAAACUCUGGCAAAAUCAGGAGUGCAUGUGAAUGCACCAAAUUUGUUUGGAAGGACAGUUCUGCAUGAAGCUGCAGGCAGUUGCAGUGCAGAAACUGUAUGCACACUGCUUGAUGCUGGGGCUGAUGGAAAUGCAAUGACCAAUGAUGGUAGGACACCUGCACAUUUUGCUGCUGCAUCUAGCAAGGCAGACACCCUGAAAUUACUAAUAGCCCAAAAUGUUGAUAUUAACAUUACAGAUAUUUCUGGAGAGACACCACUUCAUUGUGCAGCAAAAUGUGGCAGUAAAGAGUGCAUAAACCUUCUACUGGAUGCUGGUGCUGAUCCAUUCGCAAUUACUGACAGUGGUAUGACAGCAUUACACUUUGCAGCAGCAUCUGGAAAAUGUUGUGCUGUUGAGUUACUCUUACUGAGCAACAUCAGCCCUAAUGUUAAGGAUAAGAAAGAUCGAACUCCCUUACACUUUGCUGCAGCUUCAGGGUGUCUUGAAACAGUGAGAACACUUUUUGACAAAGGAUGUAAUGUAGAGUCUACUGAUAAGGAUGGUAGGACACCAUUGCACUGUGCAGCACAACGAGGACAUUCUGAAAUAGUGGAGUUCCUUUGUAAGAAAGGUGCAGAUGCCAAUGGGGGAAAGCAGGAUAAAUGGACAGAAAAACCAAUUUAUUUAGCUGCAGAAAACAACAACAUAAAGAGUGUUCGUGCUCUUUGUCAAGUGUACUCUCUUGGAUGUGAUGAAUAUAAGCGAACUAUAUUGCAUAAAGCAGCCAUGAUUGGUAAAGAUGUGGUAGUGCAGACGUUGGCAGCUGCAGGUGCUGCAGUCAAUGCACAAGACAGUCAUCUUAAUACACCUCUUUUUCUGGCUGUUGCAUGGUGCAGUAAGGACACUGUGAGUGCACUUCUACGAGCAGGGGCUGAUGUAAAUAUGACAUGUACAAAUGGUUGGACAGCUUUACACUGUGCCGCAUCUUUCCAGAAAACUCACCUUGUUCAGAUGUUAAUGGAAUGGGGUGCUGGAAUAAAUGUACAGGAUGACUAUGGACAAACACCACUUCAUUGUGCAACUGACAGUGACAGCCUGGAAACAGUAAGAAUUUUGCUUGAAUCUGGUGCCAGGAAGGAUAUCAAGGAUUGUUGGGGGGAAUCUCCAUACGAUAUUGCUAAAGAUAAUACAAAUUAUGCAUUGAUGAGACUUUUAAAAGAUUAAAAAUGAUACAGUCAUAGUAUUUCAUUGACUUAAUUGUACAAAGACUGGCACUGAACUUAAUCCCUUUUGUACAAAUGCACUGAUCUAUUUUGUUUAACUGGUGUUAAUCCUUCUGGGUGACAAGUAACAUUGUAUUUCUGUUAUGUGGAUUAUUAAUAUAAACGAAAAACAAUUUGUGUUGUUAUAAUAAAUGUAUUAAUUGUUUGUGUAUGUAAUACACAUGACACAUCAAGAGCUUCCAUCACUUAGUGUUCAGCUAAUUCAGUUUCAUUGUUUAUGUAACAGUAAAGUAGCUAUUGAGUUUAACAUGUUAAUCUCUCAAUUGUUUGUGGUCCAGGUGGUUAAAAAUUACAAGUUACUAGGAGAAUUCUCUUCAUUUUCUAUGAAUGCUUAAAUUUUGUUAGCACAUUUUUGUGUUGCAAUUCCACAUACAUUUUUUUAAAAUUUCAGUUACUCUAUUUUUUAUUCUAUUCUUGUUGAGAAUUGCACAAAAUAAUCAAUUGAAAUUAUAUUAAAGAUUCAUUUUGUAUUUGCCAUUUUAGUUCUAUCUUACUUCACUACUGUAUGAUGUUAAUAUGUGAUAAUUAUGUUCAUAAAUUACAAGCAGUGAAGAUAAAGUUGAGAAAGACUAUAAAUGCUGGAAGUUAUGAGCUAGGCUAAUAAUUCUCAGAUAUGGAUUUAUAAAAUCUGUCUAACAGAGAUCAUAAAUAAUGACAGUUAAUCGAAAUGGAACACAUGUUGCCAACGUGCUCAGCAGUCAAAAGAUUCAGGGUACAGGAUAGCAUUGUAAGCAUCCAAGGUAAUGAAGAAUAGAGCAUACCAAAGAGAAAAAUGAUAACUUAUAGUGAAGAACUGUAUUUUCACUAAUUUGGGUGGGGAGAAAAGAGUCAUAUGUACUGGAAAAAAGAGAAUACAAAAAUCUGCUAGAUUUAUGGUAACUGAAGUGGGAAAGGGAGGAGGAAUCAGAAAUAUGCAAAGAAGUUGUGAAAUAAGUGUCAUAAAUCUUAGCACUGUACAGCAGGAUUCAAAAUAGGAUUUUGUAGAAAACAUAUACAAAUCUAGUAAAACCAAAUGCAAUGAGAAGAAUACAUUGAAGGCUUAUGAAAAGGCAAAAAAUUGUUGUCUAAAGUGACAAGGAAAGAGACAGGCAAUGAUUUGGAAAACUGAUACUAUUCAGAUUAUACAGAGCAUAGAAUUGCUACAAUCAACAAAGUAGUUAAAGAUACCUUCAGUAUCUUCUGUGUCUAUUAUCUGUGGAAGAUAUAGAAUCAAAAGGUUAUUCGGCAUAUUUUUUAGUUUCUUCGGGUAGCAUUUUCUUCAUCAUGGACAGAAAACAUUAUUGUGCAAUCAAAAGAGCUACUCACACUUAAUGCCAAAUCAUUCGAGCUUUUGUAGCUAUCAAAUCAAAAGUUAUUUAAAGAAACAGUUUUUUUUUUUGUCUAAAAACCUAGACCUUGUGGACAACUGUUGAUUUUCAAUAAUUUUAAUGUCACUAUUGCGUAAACUGUUGACUAGUGUAACAAAUGAUGAUCACCUGUACUUUAAGAAAUGUAAUAACACCAAAGAAUCUGUGUUGCAGGUGUAACUAAAAUAAUUAACCAGUUAUAACUCCUUACCAUUUGCUGUAUCUCUCAAAAACAAUAUAGCUGUCCUUACAAAAACCAAUUUUAAUUUUAAAUAAAAUGAGAGGCAUGUUACAGAAAUAGGCUACAUUAAUGAUACUUUCCACCGAGAGGACACUUCAAACCUAGGGAGAGACACAUCCUAUCUGAAAUUACCCAGAAAUCAAACGUUAUAUGCUGUGCUUAAAGUUUAUAAAUGUCAUGUGAUGAUAUUAACCUCAGAAAAUUAAGACAGGUAGGCACUUACAGAAAACAAGGCAGUAGCACAGCUUACCACUUAGUCUCCUAAGAGAGCCAAGCCAGAGAAAAAUUAACAUGCAAAUGUAAGAAAUUGCUCUAAAAUUUAUCAUAACAUUUUCAUUUUGGCAGAGAGACAGGCUAACGAAAAGUAAAAGAAACAUACAACAAACAUGUUAUAAAUGAAAGUAACAUGGUAGUUUUUGAAAGUCUUUCUGCUUAUGCUACCAUAUCAAAACAAAAAUACUAAAAAAAAAAGAAAACCUAUCAAUUUGGCAUAUUUAGGUGAUCUAGCGCUGGAUGAAAAAUCAGUCCAUACUCUGGGGGUGACUGCAGAAGUACAGCCAAAAGAUUACUUAUUGGUGUUAUAACUAUUUUAUAUUACAAUGCAGCAACACAUACAGAAGGAUUUUAAUGAAAUUAAUACUGGUCUUGAAAGUCUACUUGUUUAUGACAGUCUGCUAAGUAUAAAAAGAAAAGUAUAGAGGAGAGAAUGAAGGUUUUUUUAAUUAUUUUGUUUUAGGGAAGGUGGGCCACAAAAUAAUAGAAAGUAUAUUGAGUAUGAAUUAAGGCACAAGUUUAUAGAAGUCUAUAUUUACCACAGCACUGUAGGAGUCUCUUGUACUACACAGAAAAACUGGGAAGGAGGUCAGCAAAAAAAAUUAAGUAUUUGGCUGUAUAAAUACAAGUCAAGAAUGAGAGCAUUCACCAAAAUACAAAGUGGAAGGAUCCUGUUAGUACGAGGGGGGGGGGGGGAGUCAAAUGUAAAUGGGAUUUUUGUUCCUGAACAACAGUUGGUAGGACUGGCCCCACACUUCUGUGAUGCUUAGACGGGACCCUUAGAAGUGAGGAGAGUGUGCUGUUAGAUAUUUUCUGCUGUUUCGUCAGUAAUGCUUACGAUGUCUGAGCAACAGGUGCACCCCUCCGUCACGCAAUGCAUAAUUAUCAAAUUUCUUGGUCAUGAAGGAUUACAACAGCUGAAAUUUGCCAAAGAUUGACUGCACAGUUCAGUGAUAAAACAUUAUCAAGCACGCAUAUGUUUGCCUGGCAUAAAAAGUUUGAGGAAGGACAAGAAUGUGUGGAAAAUCAACAACAUGAUUGCCAUCCUCGGACCAGCAUUACAGACAAAAACAUUCGUGCGGUUAAAGAAAUUACUGGCGACGAUCGACAGGUGAUAGUAUCAGAAAUAGCACAGAGAAUCGGAAUCAGUUAUGGGAGCUGUCAAGCAAUCAUCACAAAUGACCUACAGUUCCGUAAAGUGUGUUCCAGAUGGGUCCCUAAACAUUCGACCCAAAAUCUGAAGUUGAAACAUUUGGAGGUGUGUCAGAGGCUUACAGCAAGGUUUACAGAAUAAGGUGAUGCAUUUUUGAGUUGGAUCAUCACCUGUGUCGAUACAUGGGUUUACCACUACACUCCAGAAUUUAAACAAGCCAGUAAGAAGUGGCGGAGGAAAAGGGAGGCAGCACCAGUGAAAGCCAAAACUUGACUGUCAGCUGGCAGGGCUCUUUCAACAGUUUUUUCCCCGAUCAACGAGGCAUUCUGCUGACUGAUUUUUUGCACGAGCGAUGCACAAUCAAUGCUGCUUACUACUUUUGUUGAACAAGGCGAGAGUUGCAUAUCACCACAAAAGAUGAGACCAAUAGAUUCGACAGGUCAUCCUCCUCCACUGCAAUGUGCAACCCCAUACUGCAGCACUAACUGUCUCCAAGCUACAGAAAAUGCACUGGACUACACUUGAUCAUCCUCCUUACAGCCUGGACUUAUCAUGCUGUGAUUUCCAUUUAUUUGGAUCACUUAAAGGAGCUCUAGGAGGGCAAUGAUUUGAAGACGACGAGAAUGUGGAAGAUUUCUUGUGCAACUGGAUGGUGACACAACCCAGUUCUUUUUAUGGUGAAGGCAUCAAAAAGCUGCCCAUACACUGGGACAAAUGCAUUUCCAAAGCAGGAGACUAUGUGGAAAAAUGAAUUAUAAUUAUGUUGAGUUUUUCAAUAAAUGAAUUUAAAUAAAAAAUUAAAUCCCAUUUAUAUUUGAUCCGCCUUUUCAGUUGACUUCCUCAUUGUAUAAUAAGUAAAAAUAGAAAAUUAAAUGCAGACAAAUAGAGGAGCCUGUAUUAAUGACAUUGAAGAUAAAAGUUGCAGUUAUAUGAUGCAAUGGAACAAUUUAAUAAGGAACAGGGUGAAUAGUUGGAAUCUGUCUUAUUCCUACCUAGCUUGUCAGAGGAAGGCAAAGUUGUAUCACCACCAACAGAUUGUACCACGUAAAGCAAUGUUGUGUUCAAACUGAUACUGAAGCUGGACCAACCAGACCAGACCAAACUAAUUAGAAUACAGGACUGAACGAAGACAACCACAUUAUAAAUCAUAGCUUUUGUGUAUUAAUAUAUGAUGAUGUCAUGUUUCAUUUUUUUCUUAGUUACUAAGUGGAAGCAAAAUAUUUGAGGCAAAAAAUUUAGAAAACACUAUUUCAACAAAAUAUCUGAAACUGAUGUUCUAUAUGUAUUAUUGUCUUUCUUCAUGCCUUAUAUGAUUCCCAAGAGGGAAAAAGUAGCUCAUUGUAUGUUAUUAAAAGUGUGUAAAACGCUUUAGACUCUUGUCUUCUGUCGCUGACGUAAUACUUGAAAUGGGAAAUGCUGAAAGUGCCAAAAUUAGAUUUUUUUAUUUUUUUUUUUUUUUCCCCUACCCCUCCAAACUGCUGAAUGUGCCAAGGCUACUAACUAGAGGUGGGUUGCAAGUAGCAGAGAAGGCCCCCUUGUGCUUUAAAAUACCUCCAAUAGAUUUAGUAGUGUCAAUGAAUGUGCCAAGCAUAUCUGAGUCUAGUGUAAACAUGUUAUAACUUGUUUCUCACUAGUACAAUUUACUUCAUUUUAGUUAUUUUCAUGCAUGUGCAUCUUCUACGUCCAAUGUUUUAUGAUAGAAAGGAAAGGCUAGAUUAGAAACAAAAAGAAGAAUACUGAGCUAAGAAUUCAAGGAAAGCCGUAUGUAAUAAAUGAAGGGACAGCUGUUCACAAAAGAACCACCACAACAAGAUGCAAGUUUAAAUAAUUAGAAUUUAACUAUGUUGUGCAACAUAAUAAAAUAAAAUAAAGUAUUGUGUUAUUUUGGGUUCAAA